AAGAGGCCCAAUCUGUUGCUUUUGGAGCCCCCAGCCAGUACGGACAUUCUUCCGUCUUGCUGGCGCGCGGCUCCUCCGCUGCUACCUGAGGGCGCAGCCGGGCCGCUGGCUCCUUCCACACUGGGCUGCACACCCACCAUUACAAAGUUAACUCACGUGGGGCUGAAACCAAACUCGUGACAACUUAAACCGGACAGCCAGAUUCCUUCCCUCUGCAGAAAUUUGUAAUUAAUUACACGAAUCCCAUUUUCACAAAACAGCUUUUCAGCAAUUUCGGGAUCAUGUCUCCUAACUUAAGUCUUGUGCCGGCUCAGUAUGGCUGAUUUUUCCCAUUCUUGCUUCAGUGACAUGGCUUUGAGGCUUAUUCCCACUGUACUUCCCGCACCAGUACCUUGUUCACCUCCUAUAUGCCCUAUGUUGUAUCAGUAAGCCUUGUAAACAUUCUAGAAGUGGACCAACAGGUACAGCGUGAGGUGGAAAUAAACUUUCCUUGGGUCAGACUCUUAACCUGGGUUGUGCAUUCAUUAGCACUAGGCCUUUUUGCAGUCACCUCACAUUAAUCUUCCUUGAGCUUGCUGUUAACCUGAACAUCUGUACUUUGUGAAAUUCACUAAAUCUUUUCCUACCUCUCCUCCACAUAUGCAAAGUGGUUAUGAAUUGAUUAUCUGGGUUUAAGUCCAGAGUUUCAAACUUUUUACAGUUCAUCUUGACUGCUUUAUUCAUCUUUUAGCUCUGGAUUCUCCAACAAUCCAUCAGCCUUCUCAGCUUCAGGUCCCCUCAAGCUGUGCCACACAUAUCUUCUGUAUCUUCAUUUUAAACAGCCUACACCAAUGAUAAUAAAUAGUUUAAUUUUCUAUUGAUCAUGUGUAUAGGACUGUGGAGUUUAUCUUAUGUAUAAUAUGCCAUAAUCAGGUUUACUAGAUACCCUGAUUCACAAUUUCCUGAUUUUCUUCACAGAACACUGUUUUUAAGUAUAAAUGAAACAGUGAAAAUAUUGUUUAAAAUGAAAAGCCAUAUACCUUUUGAUUUUGUCCAACUUUUCAGUGACAUCCCAAUCUAUUCAUUUAGCUUCUCGGUGAAUAUGCAUAUGAAAUGUUAAUUGCUUUAGAAAAGUGCUGCUCAAAAAAUGUUUAUUUAAAGUACAGAAGAAAAAAAGCUUCAGGGGUUCUGAAUUUGUAUCUAUCAGCCUGCUUAGAUUUCUUUGGAGCCGAUAAUUCACUGGUGCCCUCACAGUUUCCUUUUGCAAUGAAAUUACCUAGUGAGAGAGUAAUGAGUGAGAAGAAAAAAGAUCUGGGCAUUGAGGAAUUCUGUCAUUUAAGUUUGGGAAAAUGAGAGAUUGUCAUAGGUCAAAAGCCAAGGGAAAAUGGUGUUUCUGGGAGGAGACAGGGCUUGACCAGCUGAUCUAAAGCUGCAGAGAGCUCAAGGAAAGUGAGAAUUGCAAAAUGUCCAGUGAAUUUAACAAUAUGAAUGUCAAAAUUGACUUGCGCAAGAGCUGCCUCUAUGGAAUGAUGGGUACAAAAAUCAGAUUGCACUGGGUUAGGGAGUAUAGAUUGAGGAAAGGGGACAGUUAAUAAAAUGAUAUGUUUUCAUUGGGUUGGCCAAAAAGUUCGGUUUUUUUCAAUAAGAUGGCUCUAGUAGCACUUGGUUGUCUUUAACUUCAUUCGAAACAAUUUUAUUAGAUUGUAUUGUGACAGCUUUCAAAUCAGCGUGCAUUUUUAAAAAACUUAUCAAAAUUGGUGAAUUUUUUUUUUUUUUUUUUUGCGGUACGCGGGCCUCUCACUGCUGUGGCCUCUCCCGUUGCGGAGCACAGGCUCUGGACGCGCAGGGUGAGCGGCCAUGGCUCACGAGCCUAGCCGCUCUGCGGCACGUGGGAUCUUCACGGACCGGGGCACGAACCUGUGUCCCCUGCAUCAGCAGGCGGACUCUCAACCACUGCGCCACCAGGGAAGCCCCCAAAAUUGGUGAAUUUUUGUAUAGCCAUUUUAAUAUUGACGAUGGAAGAAAAAAGCAAUAUUUUCGGCAUAUUAUGCUUUAUUAUUUCAAGAAAGGUAAAAACGCAACCUAAGCGCAAAAAAAGAUUUCUGCAGUGUAUGGAGAAGGUGCUGUGAGUGACUGAACGUGUCAAAAGUGUUUUGUGAAGUUUUGUGCUGGAGAUUUCUCGCUGGGUGACACUCCAUGGUUGGGUAGACCAGUUGAAGUUGAUAGUGAUCAAAUCGAGACAUUGAUUGACAACAAUCAACGUUAUACCACUUGGGAGAUAGCUGACAUACUCAAAAUAUCCAAAUCAAGCAUUGAAAAUCAUUUGCAUCAGCUUGGUUAUGUGAAUCACUUUGAUGUUUGGGUUCCACAUAAGUUAAGCGAAGAAAACCUUCUUGACCGUACUUCCGCAUGCAAUUCUCUACUUAAACGUAAUGAAAAUGUUACGUUUUUAAAACAAAUUGGGACAGGCGAUGAAAAGUGGAUACUGUACAAUAAUGUGGAAUGGAGGAGAUCAUGGGGCAAGGGAAAUGAACCACCAGCAACCACAUCAAAGGCUGGUCUUCGCCUAUAGAAGGUGAUCUUGUGUAUAUGGUGGGAUUGGAAGGGAGUCCUCUAUUAUGAGGUCCUUCCAGAAAACCAAACGAUUAAUUCCAACAAGUACUGCUCCCAAUUAGACCAACUGAAAGCAACAGUUGACAAAAAGCAUCCGGAAUUAGUCAAUAGAAAACGCAUGAUCUUCCAUCAGGAUAAUGCAAGACCACAUGUUUCUUUGAUGACCAGACAAAAACAGCUUGGCUGGGAAGUUCUGAUUCAUCUGCCAUAUUUACCAGACAUUGUACCUUUGGAUUUCCAUUUAUUUCGGUCUUUAUAAAAUUCUCUUAAUGGAAAAAAUUUUAAUUCCCUCGAAGACUGUAAAAGGCACCUGGAACAAUUCUUUGCUCAAAAAGAUAAAAAGUUUUGGGAAGAUGGAAUUAUGAAGUUGCCUGAAAAAUGGCAGAAGGUCGUGGAACAAAACAGUGAAUUCGUUGUUCAAUGAAGUUCUUGGUGAAAAUGAAUACUGUGUCUUUUAUUUUUACCUUAAACUUUUUGGCCAACCCAAUAACUAGAGGAGACUUGAGCAAGGAAAGCUGAAUAUGCCGAGGAGAGGGGUAAUAAUCAAUGGAGCAAAGUCUCUGUGGAGGGGAGAGGAAUGACAUCUAAGUCAUGGGAGGAGGGACUGUCCUUUUGUAGCAGGGUCACUUCCUUUAUUAUAGUAGGAAGAAAAAAGGAAUAUUUUUAGGUUUGUUUUUUUACACGUGGGUAGGUUGAAAGAAUUCGCGUCUGAUGGCUUCUGUUUUCUCUGUGAUAGAGAGCAAGGUCAUCUGCUUAGACUAAGGAGGGUUUUAUGUUAGAGGAGUGUGGGAAAAAUUUAAUCAUUUUGUACUAUGGGAGAGAAAUAUUGCCUAUUCUCUUAUGGCUUUUGGGUGGGCCCAAGAAUUAAACUGACAUAAUACAGAUUAACAGGAGAAAAGCACACAUUUAAUAAAAGUUCUGUGUGACACAGGAACUUUCACAAGGAAAUGAAGACCCAAAGAAGUAGCAAAACCAAGUGCUUUUAUGCUAGAUUGAACAAAGAGAGGCCAUUGUGGAAAAGUAACCAAAAAAUAUAGGGAGACUAAAGGAAGAUAAGAAUUAUUUUAACAAGGUCUGUUUGUACAGAAUUCUCUCAGCUUUAACUCCCUAAGAGUGUUUCUUUUUUCCCAGUAUAGGGCAGGUAUCUUUCACAUGGGAAUUUUAUCUCCUGUUUUCAGGAAGAAAGGGGGAGAUCAGAUCACUCUUCUUGCCUCGGCUGUUUUUCCAGUGCCUUUAGCUCACAAUAAUCCUUAGGCCAAAGUGGCAAUUUUGGGGGGAGUAUAUUCUCCCAUCCUGUACCUAUAAAAUAUAGUAGAAAUGCUGGAGAGUGUUGGGGGUCAAUUUGAGAUUAAUGACCAUAAUUUGUGGUGAAACCGAUCCUAUCCUGUGUGAUUUUCUCCAGCAGGCCACAGCUUCAUGGGCCAUAGGAAAAACAGACACUGUAAUUGAGUUCAUUCAGGGCCAGGGUUUUAUAGAUACCUAUCUAUAAAAGACAGACGGGGAGUUAGGGCAUUGUAAAGAACAUUAUUGAAGCAGUGGAACUGGCGUCUAAAUUGGAAAAUAAAGGAAGGUGAGGUCUGAUUGAGAAAAGGAGAGGCAGCCUCCUAGAGAUCUUGAUGAUAUUUAAGAAUAGUAAUCAUUGGAAUAAGUAAGCAAAUUGGAAGGAUAGGUAGUUUAUGGUCAAAGAUCAGAAUACUUCAAUUAAUUGUUUUGGAAUUAGACCAGAUUGAGGUAAUGGCAAGGUGCAGGGUGUGACUAUAGGAGAGAGUGCCUAGGGUGGGAUGGAAGAGAAUAGUGAUGGGCACAGGGAUGUCAGUUGUUGGAUGGACCAUCUCUGAAGACAUGGGAAUUACCUGGGAUGAUCACAGUACUUAGAGUUGAGAAGAAAACUGUGUGCCUAAUGACAAAAUCUCUAAUGAAUGACAAGGAGUUAUCAGCAGGCCAGAAGAUAAUAUCAUUGAAGCAGAUGACGGAAGUAGUAGUCUGGUAAUGGUAAAAUAGACGGUAAGAAAGAGAUAAGUGAGGCAUAUACAAGCAAAAGCUGACACUGAGGCAUAUAGGAGUGGUAUCUUCAGGGAGCAAUAAGGUUUCAGUUCAAGCUAGGAGGUACAAGGAACACUCUGAAACCAUAAAGAUGUAAUGGGAUUCGCUGAGAAUGGUGCAGCCGUUCCGAAAGACACAGUAGAAAGUUUGGAAAGUGGAAGAGAAAUGAAGGGCUGGGUCAGUUUCCAGGCAAUACUUUGCAUUAUGGUGGUAAUGUGCUGCAGAAAACAGGGAAGAAGAGGUGGGAAUCAGGCUUUGGGAUUUCCAGAUGAAAACAGGUAGAUUUAGUGUCAACUUCCAAAGGGGAAUGGGUAUUGAGGUGUGGUGGCCAGAGGGUGUGGCUCACCCAACCUGGGGGGAAUCUCCCAAGACCUGCAGCCUGAGGUCACACACAACCAGCCACUGACGUACAGUACUUUCUGAGAUUACCUUGAAACCAAGGAUUCAUUUAUUCAUCUGUUUUGAAGUAUGGGGAAACUAAGGCCCACCAAAGGUCAGGGAAUUGUCCCAGGAUAGAAACCUUUUUUUAAUAUCAAAAAUAAGGGUUAGAAUCCAGGUAUCCUGACUCCUAGUCCUGUUUGCUCCCCUCCCAGCUCCCCAACCCCAUUUAUCUGAAGAAGGUAGAAGAGGUUUCUCUCACUUUUCUACUUGCAAGAAAGAAUUUUACUUAUACUUUCCUUAAUAACAAAUAAAUUAGGUUGAAUUUAAAUAAAUGGGCAUUUUUUUUCUGAAAAAUAUAUUGUCCUAAAUCAAAUAACUCUAUGAUACUGAAUGAAGAUUGUUCAACAUAGUCACUGUUGUUUGGUAAUACCUUUCCUCAGAACUAGCCCUACUGCCUAAUCCAAUUAAUAUUUUAUUCCUGAACAGAACUAUUAAUGACCAAAGAAUAGGCAUUUCUUGAUUUAAGAAAACCUGCUCUUUGACUUGAAAGACGUAAAACAUAAGAGGUAAUUAUUUACUUUACAAAGGAAUCAAUAUUUCGUAAAAGGACUCAUUAUAAAUAGUUCACUUAAAUCAUUAAUUUAUAAUGUGAUUUUAUGUAUUCAUUCAGUCAUUUGACACAUUUAUUUAUCACGUGCCUCCUAUGUGCCAGAGAAGACAGUGGUGAACUAAACGCACCAGGACCCCCUGUUCAUGGCGCUUACAUUAAAUUAUCAAAUGAAUGAGUGAGUGGUCAGCCAAACAAACAGAAAGUGCUUUGCAGAGAAUUAACCUAAGCUGAUGUGAUGUAGAAUGGCUAAGAGGCUGUCAUUUAAGCUGAAUUUUAUUGACAAGCAUGUUUUUGGCCCGGGCGAGACUGUGCACCCUUGGCAGUAGACCUAAAUUCCUGAAGACAAUUUGUGCUUCAAAAAUACUUGGACUCUCUACUUCUGCUGCCACACUACCCAGAAAUUUGGUCAAACACCAGUCUAGAUUGUUCUGUGAAGAUAUUUUUCAGAAAAUGUCUUUGAAAUUCAAAAAUGCAAAACGAAUUGAAGGCCUUGAUAGCAAUGUGUGGAUUGAAUUUACCAAGUUGGCUGCAGACCCCUCUGUUGUGAAUCUUGGCCAAGGCCUUCCAGAUAUAUCCCCUCCUGUAUAUGUAAAGGAAGAAUUAUCAAAGAUUGCAGCAAUUGAUAGUCUGAAUCAGUACACACGGGGCUUUGGUCAUCCAUCACUUGUGAAAGCUCUGUCCUGCCUCUAUGAAAAGUUUUAUCAAAAUCAAAUAAAUCCAAAUAAAGAAAUCCUUGUGACAGUAGGAGCAUAUGGAUCUCUUUUUAAUGCCAUUCAAGGAUUAAUUGAUGAGGGAGAUGAAGUCAUAGUGAUAGUGCCUUUCUAUGACUGCUAUGAGCCCAUGGUGAGAAUGGCUGGAGCAAUACCUGUUUUUAUUCCCCUGAGAUCUAAACUUGUUGAUGGGAAAAAAUGGUCUAGUUCUGACUGGACAUUAGAUCCUCAAGAACUGGCAAGCAAAUUUAAUUCCAAAACCAAAGCUAUAAUACUAAAUACUCCGCAUAACCCCCUUGGCAAGGUGUAUACCAAAGAGGAACUCCAAGUAAUUGCUGACCUUUGCAUCAAAUAUGACACACUCUGCAUCAGUGAUGAGGUUUAUGAAUGGCUUGUGUAUACUGGAAAUAAGCAUUUUAAAAUAGCCACUUUUCCAGGUAUGUGGGAGAGAACAAUAACGAUAGGAAGUGCUGGAAAGACUUUCAGUGUCACUGGCUGGAAGCUUGGCUGGUCCAUUGGUCCUAAACAUUUGAUAAAACAUUUACAGACAGUUCAACAAAAUACCGUUUAUACUUGUGCGACUCCUUUACAGGAAGCUUUGGCUCAAGCUCUUUGGAUUGACAUCAAGCGCAUGGAUGACCCAGAAUGCUACUUUAAUUCUUUGCCAAAAGAGUUAGAAGUGAAAAGAAAUCGCAUGGUACAUUUACUUGAAAGUGUUGGCCUAAAACCCAUAGUUCCUGAUGGGGGAUACUUCAUCAUUGCUGAUGUGUCUUUGCUAGAUACAGACCUUUCUGAUAUGAAGAACAGCAAUGAACCUUAUGACUAUAAAUUUGUAAAAUGGAUGACUAAAAAUAAGAAAUUGUCAGCCAUCCCAGUUUCAGCAUUCUGUAAUGCAGAGACCAAAUUACAGUUUGAGAAAUUUGUGCGAUUUUGCUUCAUUAAAAAAGACAGUACACUGGAUGCUGCUGAAGAAAUCAUCAAGGCAUGGAGUAGACAGAAGUUUUGAUACAUGCAAACUGCAUUGUUUCUAUUAAAUGACCUAGUAUGGAAUUAUUUAGUACUGCUACUUGCUGGGUAUUGAAAAAAAAAUUUCAGUACAAAUGAAAUUUAAAGGACUAUUUCUAUUGUUAAUCCCACUCCUGACAAUAUUCAGGAGAUCUGAUUUUUUUUUCAGCUGAAAUGUAUUAAAACACCUUUUAGACCAUUUUAUGAGUCAGUAUAGUGCAGUGGUAAGAACUGUGAGAUGCUGGUUGAUGCUUAACCUCUCUGCGCUUCAGUUUCCUCAUAAAAGGGGAAUAAAAAUAGCACCUACUUUA